AUGCUCGGCAUCUCCUAUCCGUUUCAAUGGCAGAUAUGGCAUGCUCUUUGGUUCUUGCUAUUGUCCAUUGCUCAGGGUGUCAACUCACUCCUACCAGUACUUGGUUGGCCAGCUGCAGCAGAACCAAAUUAUGAGGAAGUGUUGUCUCUAGAUCUCGAGGAAAAUGAUUUUCUAUAUCGAAUUCGGAGAAAUUCACGGAUUGUGUAUGUUUCCAUCCUCGAUGGGGGUAUUCUCCCACCCGAUUAUAGGACAGAUGGUUAUCUAGUUCUUGCAAAACUACAAAAUAUCCCGAAGUGGAAUGACGAAUGGAAGACCCUCACCGUACGAAAUACCGCGCAGGGUGUUAAAAGCAGUAUAGACGAGUUUUCACCACACAGGCUAGAUCUCGGACAACUUGACCAUCCUUUUGCUAUCUUUGUCAACUUCUUAGAUCUAACAACGAUAUCCAGAAUCAGCUACCGUCUUUCUCGAGUAAGGUAUGGUGAUGAGAUAUGGGUGCUAAAAAUAGCACGAUUUAAACACGAGAUCCCAUCUCUACAACAUGAAGUUUCUAUAUAUUCCAAGCUAAUGGCAUCUGGCUACCCGCUUGCGCCGAAGUUUAUCGCUUUCGUGUACGAGGAAACUAAGAAUCGAACAGUGGGCUUUUUAAUGGAGGAGGUUUCGGGUAGAAUCCCGGGUACACAGGAUUUUAAUGAUUGUGCGGAAACUGUUCGUCUGCUUCACGAACAUGGAAUUGUUCACGGGGACCUUAAUAAGCACAAUUUCUUGGUAACAGAAGAGGGCGUGAAGCUAUUUGAUUUUGAAGUUUCUGCCGCUAAGGAAGACGCGGAUCCAGCAGCAACUGAGGAAGAACUGAAAGGACUUGUGGCUAGGUUGGAAGAUGAAUCGGGCAUUGGCAGGCACUGA